AUGGAACAAGACAAAGAACCCUUUGAUUUUGCCGUAAUGUUUGAUGUUUUGUUGAAAAUAUCAAUGGUCGUGGGUCCAGUCGUUGGAUAUUUUGACCAAAUUGCGACUAUUCGUAAUCUAAAGUCAAGCGCAGGAUUCUCUAUAGAUACUUGUGGAGUGUUGUUAAUUAGCAGUACAAUUAGUGCUCCUAUACGAGUGCAUAAAAUAUCGAUAUCCUUUAUCGCCCGUACAAAAUCGACGAUGGUUUUGGAAUUGGCUUUGGGCAUUGAAAGUACAGUUCCAAUGCCACAAGCAUGGAAAAUUCAUCAAUCGAAAACAGUUGCAGGAUUCAGGGGUAUGUUGGGAUUAGAUACUUCUCAGUUGCACGAACGAUUACGGCGGUCACCGAGUUAUAAUUCGCUGGACGAAAUUUUGUAG